GCAUAAAAUGGCUGUCGAUGAGAUUCGAAAUGUUGUAAAUAUUGGAGAUGUCCGCGAAAUAUGGUAUCUUUUACUGCAUUUUUUAUGAAUAUUAUUGAAAAGAAUAUAAAAAUAAUAAUGCAAUAUCUAAUAUCUGUAUAUACAGUUUAAAUUUUGAAACGUUUAUGUUGAUCAGCUUAUUGGAUUGUUUCAGCAUCUAAAAAAUGAGUGGGAAUUCUCCGAAUCUCAAAGUAGCCGUUGUAGGCUUGAGUAGUAGUCAAGCAUACUGUGGCAUUGGUAAAAGCUGCUUGAUUGAUAGAUUUUUUAAUCAUUCGGAAGAUAGAUUUUCGACAAAUCAUAGCUCCUUGAUUUCUUCGACGGACUUUAGUUCGGCUACUAUCGCCAAUAAACACUUUCUCUAUUGGGGAACAAAGAAGCAUGCAGUCUGUAAGGAAACAAGCGUUAACUUUCAUAUUAUUGAACAUACUCAAUUUCUUGAUGAUAUGACUUUUAAACCCUUUCAAUUUGACAAAACCUACGCAGAAAGAUGUCAAACGUUAAAGUUGUAUACAUCGGGUAAAACUCAGUAUUUGGGAAGAGAUAAACUAGGCUUGGAACCAGAUGGAGUUGCGGAAAUGCCAAAUGAAUUUUCAGUUGACGCUUUCAUUUACGUAUACGACGUCUCAAGAGAUCAAGAAGCUAAGAGAGAUGAACAAUUUUGCAAUUCUAAAGAUUUAUUAAAAUCGCUAAUUAGCACAAAUAAACCAAUCGUCUUAGUUACUACAAAGAACGAUUGUCAAUCUUUGGCGGUAUUGCAGGACGUUCAGUAUCUUUUAUCUGGUAAACCUUUUAAGAACUAUUCUAUUCCUUUGGUACAUACCUCUGCAUUGAAGAAUGUUAACAUACAACACGUGUUCGAAAUCUUAUGGAAGAAGUAUAAAAGCAGAAAAUCAACUCCAAUUACCAUUUGCAGUUACGAGGAGGCAUUGAAGAGAAGAGAGGAAUAUCUGUCUCAAAUAAGUCUAUCAUUUGAAACAAUGCUACAAAAGCAGGUAAAAAAUCAUCGAGAUUCUUGGAUAGAGGUUGAUAAUCAUAUAAAAGAGCGUCCAACUUAUAAGAUGAUGAUUCAUGAAUGCGGUAUUACUAAAGCUAAAGAAAUAUUUAAGAAGGUUCAAUCGAAACUCGGUUCGGAUUUCGCUGAAGAAAGAUCAAAAAUUUAUAGUAAAUUAGUCAUUGACAAAUUAAAGUGUAUAUCUGAAGAAGAGUUAUUUUAUAAUAAUUGGAAAGCUACCAGACAAACUCUACUUUGCAAACCUCAAUAUUCAUUCCAUUUUUCUAGUGAUGCUCACUUUUUAAUUAAAGAUUCGUCUAAUGGUGAUUUGACUCUAACGAAAAUUCCCUCUGAAUUCCUAUACUCUAGUCAGGCUGAAGAAGCUUAUCACCAAUUCAUCGAAAAUAAAAAACAGGAAGCCGAUCUACAGCGUAACGAAGCAGAUUUCCUGGCGAUAUUUGACGAAAAUCCGAAUCUUUGCAAGCCGGGCUUGAAUUUAAACCAAAUCAGUAUUUAUAUAAAAAGUCGAGAAUGUUUUCAUCAGUUGAAUGAUCAGAUUAAGGAGAAGCUAUACCUUACGUGUCAGAAACGUAUUACAAAGUCAUUAUUAAGAAAUCUAGUCGAUUUGGCCUGUGAAACUGCGAGGAAGACAAUAAAAAUAAAAGAAUUUUGUGAAAUGAUCUCCUACGAUCCGCGAUAUACGGAUCUAGCAGCAUUAGAAGAAGAUAGAAGAAAGAUCAUAGAAUGUUUCGUUGAUACAACUCGCCUUUGUAUAAUUUUACCGGUUAAUCGUUGCCUAUUUAUUCAUAGUUGUUGUUUGACGUCGGCAAUACUGGCUCCAUCUCCCGAAGAAUUUGUUAAACCAUUUUCAAAGUUUACUUUAGAGAAAGCCGAAAAAUCGGUUCGGAUCCUAGUCAUUUCUACCCAAACUGAUUUAUUAACUCGUUUACCGGUUCUCUACGAAGACAAGCAGCUUGAAUAUUAUAGUACUAUGGAGAAGACAAACUUGGAUUUUCACUCGGUUUUAUUGCAUUUCUGCGAUUCGACAUCUUUAUCAUACGUAAAGUCACUCAUACUCAGUCUAAUUCAAUCGGAUGCUGCGCCUUUUCGCGGAGCGCCAUCUGUUGUUUAUUGUUCCGAGCCAAGCUUGAGGCAGGAGGGUGAAAGAAUGGCCUCAAAUUUACAAUGCAUAUUUACAUCGGAGUCGAUAAAUUCGAUACCACAAGUUAUAUUAAAUUCUAUAGAAAUUAGAAGAACGUUCCUAUGCCCAUUCCAUAUGGCUCCUUCGUUCGAACCAGAUUUAACCUUAAUGAUGGUGCUCGAUUGCGGUAUAGAUAUUGGCCUUGAUACGUUAAAAUCUUUCCUGCAACACCAGUCCCUGUUCUACUAUAGCAAUGACAACCAAACAACACUGAGGGUACAAUGUAGAAUGAAUAAUAACAAGAUAAUAUCUGUCGAAAUAGUUAUAGCUGCUUUACACAACUUUGCUCCAUUAACAAAAGAAGAACAAUUCGAUGGAAUAAUAUUUUCAAUUAACGCCCAUCAUAUCUAUCCCUUAACAUUCCUAAAUGAGAUUAUUGAAAGAAAAUCUUUUCGGAAGAGAGAUUCUUCUACUUUACUAUUAGUGCAUGCUAUGCACAAAUCUUGCCAGUAUUGUACGAAUUUGGAAGUAUCACAUAAACUCUUGGCUAGUAGAAUAAAUGCGCGUUUGGCAUUUAGCUUCAACGAAUCAGAAUUUAAUCAAUUAACCUAUUAUAACGACUUUAUCGAAUCUAUAUAUCAAAGGAAGACUGGGUAUUCCCAUAGAGAUACAAUUAUUGAUGAAUCAACUAAUACCGAAGAGCAUUUAUACGCAGAUGUCGAUAGUUUUGCUCCACCCGACGGUCAGUAG